UCAAGACAGACAUGCAACAGUUUGUCGAAAUAGAACAGCUAUUUAACCUAGUGAACGUUUUUAGAGACACCCUGCUUGCUUGACAUAUUAUAACAAAUCAAGUUUUAGAGUAGUGAACUAACGUUAGUUUCAGCUGUAAACGAGUUUGCAAAGUUAGCUUUCUGUGAUUGAAUGUAAGCUUAUCUUGCUAGCUACUUAGCUAGCUAGCUACUAGUAUCUUUUGUUUUGUAAAGUGCUAUAGAUUGUAUCUAUAUGAAUAUUGUUUUGCCGAACAGUAAAUGGAUUAUAUGCAGCAUGAGUGGGUAGCUAACAAGAUGCAGUCCAGCCAGAGGUUAAUCCAGUCGCCGGAUUACGACAGUUUGAUACAAGAGGUGUCAGGUGGGUCUCCAGGGGAGAGGGAGAGCCAGGCUCCAGGUCUGCUGUUAGCGCCAGGGGUGAAGUGGGGACAGACGCCCAUCAACCAACUCACACCCUGGGAGACGGAAGAACCCCCUGCCAAACAGCAGCACAGAGAUAGUGAACCCACAGGUCCUACGUGGGCACCUCCAGUAGUAACAGUGACCCAAUCCAGUCUCCUGCCCCACUCCUAUUCCCUCCGCCCCCCCUCCUUCAGCCACAGUGUCACUGUCCAGUCGCCCAUCAUAGGUGGGACCCCCUCCAUCCAAUCCCCCAUGCCCCCCCACCCCCACCCACUCAUGACAGCCCACUUCCAGCUACCCACACACUCCACCUCACACCAACCCCCCCCCAUGGUUCUCAACAUGCCCUCCCAGCCACCCUACUCCUUGGCCCAGCCCCCUGUCGCCUCCUUGCCUCUUUCCUCCACCUCAGGGGGUCCGGGUGGGACACACCCCAACCAACACAACCAAAAUGUGAUGGGGAACGGUCAUCUGAUGCCUCACCCCCUCAUACAGCCCCCCGUCCUGCCUCUGACCAAUGGGCAGUUGGUGCCGCCGCUUCCGUCUACUCUAGUAGCCUAUCAGGAUGAUCCUAGAGGGCCCAACGGGCUGCAGAUGCUGAGGACUGUGGGAAUGGGGAAGUACGAGUUCACAGACCCAGGACAUCCUAAAGAGAUGUUGAAGGAGUUGAACCAACAGCGCAGAGCGAAAGAGUUUACAGACCUGAAAAUAAUUGUUGAAGGCAAAGAGUUUGAAGUCCACCAAAAUGUUCUAGCUUCCUGCAGCCUUUAUUUCAAGGACCUGGUGAAAAGGUCGUCAGGGGAGACGAGGAGCGGGGAGAUGCUAGAGCUGCGGAUGAGCGAAAUUGGAGCUGACGUGUUGGAGCUGCUGCUGGAGUUUGUCUACACAGGUUCUCUGGUCAUAGACUCCGCUAAUGCCAGGACACUGCUAGAGGCUGCCAACAAGUUCCAAUUCAACACCUUCUGCAAAGUCUGUGUGUCCUUCCUAGAGAAACAGCUAACAGUGGGGAACUGUCUAGGUGUGCUGGCCAUGGCUGAAGCUAUGCGAUGUACAGAGCUCCACAACAUGGCCAAAGCUUUCGCACUGCAGAACUUCCCUGAGGUGGCGGGGCAGGAGGAGAUUAUGUGUGUGUCUAAGGAGGACCUAGUGGCCUACCUGUCUAAUGACAGCCUCACCACCAAGGCUGAGGAACUGGUCUACGAGACCGCCAUCAAGUGGAUCAAACAAGACCCCACCGCCAGAGUUCAGCAUGUAUCAGAGUUGUUAGCGGUGGUGCGUCUUCCCUUCAUCCACCCGUCUUACCUGCUGAACGUUGUGGAUAACGAGGACUUAAUAAAGACGUCGGAGGCGUGUCGAGACCUGGUCAACGAGGCCAAGAGGUAUCACAUGUUACCUCACGCCAGACAGGAGAUGCAGACUCCUAGGACACGACCACGGCUAUCUGCAGGUGUGGCGGAGGUGAUAGUGUUAAUCGGUGGUCGUCAGGCCAUCAGUAUGAACCAGCGCUCUCUGACGGCGGUGACAUGUUUUAACCCUCAGAACAGUAAGUGGUUCCCAUUGGCCAGCCUGCCCUUCUACGACAGAGAGUUCUUCAGCGUCAUCUCAGCUGGGGACAACAUCUACCUGUCAGGUGGGACAGAGUCGGGGGUGAUGGUAGCUGACGUGUGGUGCUACAUGUCUCUAUUGGACAACUGGAAUCUGAUGUCCCGUAUGACGGUGCCUCGCUGCAGACACAACAGUCUGGUCUACGAUGGGAAACUCUAUACCAUCGGAGGUCUGGGUGUGUCAGGAAACCUGGACCAUGUAGAGAGGUACGACACCAUAACCAACCAGUGGGCGAUGGUGUCUCCGCUCCCCAAGCCGGUGCACUCUGCAGCAGCCACAGUGUGUGGGGGGAAGGUGUAUGUGUUUGGGGGGGUGAACGAGGCAGGGCGAUCUGCAGGAGUACUACAGUCAUACGUCCCUCAGACCAACUCCUGGAGCUUCAUAGAGUCACCCAUGAUAGAUAAUAAGUACGCCCCGGCAGUCACUCUGAACGGACACAUCUUUAUUCUGGGAGGAGCCUACGCCCGGGCCACCACCAUCUAUGACCCGGACAAGGGAAACAUCAAAGCCGGACCUAAUAUGAACCACUCACGACAGUUCUGCAGUGCGGUGAUCCUGGAUGGUAAGAUCUAUGCGACGGGGGGCAUCGUGAGCAGCGAGGGUCCUGCCCUGGGUAACAUGGAGACCUUUGACCCCCACACUAACAACUGGACGCUCCUCCAGUCGCUGCCCUGCCCUCUCUUCAGACAUGGCUGUGUCGUCAUCAAGAAGUACAUCCAGAGUGGCUGAGCCCGGUUUCCAUUUGGCUCAGAGGGAUGAAUGAGUUUCCAGAAAGCUAGCCGAUGUGGCAGUUUGUCUCUUGACUACCCAGACCACGGCACUUAGAACAGCAAAGUUCUUCAUUUAGUGAAACAUCGAUUUGACAAUUAUUGUUUCUUCUCUCCUGUGGACCUGGGUUGUUUAGAGAAACAAAGUGCCACGUUAGCUAUGAAGCUUUUGGGAAACUCACCCCUGACCGGUCUGGUUGGGGCAGGACACUGUGCAGCUUUUGGGGGUCAACCAGUCAGCACCAUCCAACUACAACACCCCCAGGACUUGAUGCCAGCAUUGUUGUCUUAUAACCUUCCCUCCCUCCCAUGCAGAAUGUAGACAUCUUAUCUUGAACCACUCUGCCAUGUUAGGAACUGGUGCCUAAGCUACUGUAUGUAUUAUAAAGUGUAGCUUAAAGGAAUUUGUCUGAAUUUUGGCAUUGAGGCCCUUUAUCUACUUCCCCAGAGUCAGAUGAACUUGUGGAUACCAUGUUUCUAUGUACAGUUUGAUGGAAGUUGGAGGUGCUAGUUAGCAAACUACUUCUAACAUGCAUGACACAGAAACAUGGUGUCCACAAGUUCAUCUGACUCUGGGGAAGUCGAUAAAGGGUCUAAAUAUCCCCUCAUUAUAUAGGCACAGGGCCGCUCCUUGCUACUAGUCUUUAGUUUGAUACAUAGUUAUUUUAGUUCUGUCUGUUUAUUUGAAAGGCCCUUUGUGUUCCUGACUCAAGUAUAUUAAAAGCCAUCCCAGUCUUUGUUGUCACUUAGUGGUUUCUGUUACGGAGGUAAAAUGUAUGUCCAAAUGGAAUGAUAUGUUUGAGGACCUUCCUUAGUGGCGUUAGGACAGGGCAGAUGUUUGUGUGUGGAGGGAGUCCACAGGGUUUUAGAAACAACUUCCAACUGUGAUGAGAAAGAUCAGCCUUGUUUUUCUCUGGAUGUCCCCCCCCCCCCCCCCUGGUUUAUAAGGACACAUUGGAUACUUGGUCUCUUUCUGGGCCAGAAAGAUGACUUAACUGGCACCACCGAAGGUAGGGUGGCCCUGUAUCUUGACAUCAAAGACACUCCAACUGGGCAUUUCUCCUCCACACAGCCAAAGCACAAUAACCACCUGUGGCUCAAGGAUCAAACUGUUUCACCUGCGCUACAGUGCGAUAGAAAUUGAAAGGCAAGGUUGGUGGAGACUGCAUUCACGCUAAACGCUGCAUAUGUCGGAUCAAUCGGAAAUUACCUUGACAUUUCCGUCGCGCUACGGAUAGCGCAGUGCCUUCAAACUAUUCAUACCCCUUGACCUUUUCCACAUGUUGAAGUGUUUACAAAUUAAAAGCUGAAAUGUAUUGAGUCAAGUAUUCAACCCCUUUGUUAACAAGUUCAGAAGUAAAAAUGUUCAUGGGCUUUGUGUGCAAUUAGUGGUUAACAUGAUUUUUGAAUGGUUUAUCAUAAAUUCUGCGAUAUUGAGAACAUUUUUUUAACACGACAAAUCCAUUUUAAAGUAACAAUGUGGAAUAAGUCAAGGGGUGUAAAUACUUUGACAGCAAUGUAUUUGUAUUUCACUGCGAGCUCCGGUGUUUGGACAUUCUGUAAAUACCGGGAGGAAAUAUGUAUAUUUUAAAACCUGAAGGUGGUUCUGUAUAAACGUUUUUAGAAAAAAGUGCUAGGUUGGACAAAAAAAAAUUGUAUGUCUGUACCCAAAAUAAAAAAAAUACAUACCACAA